AUGGUUGCGAAGCACACCGCGCACCACGACAUUUGGGAGUAUAGGGCCCUAAGGCCACACCUACUGACUAAGGGGGAGACCUUCCCGGAGGGGGGCUACGAUGGAGUUCCCGACAAGAAGGUGAAGAAUCGGCCACACGUGGCUUCGUGGCCCAAUGUGCCGGCGUUGCAGACCCCGAGCGCGAAGGGCGAGGCAGGCGGCAUUGAGCGCUUUGUUACGGCGAGGCUGAGUAAGAUGAAGCUUCGUGCGGCGAUCAUGAAGCUUGUGGUGACCGGCGACUUGCCCUUUCGCAUCGUCGAGCUGAAUGCGGGCGUGAUCCCAUCACGCUGGACGGUGGCACGCAACACCGUCGUCCUUGCUGACUUGGCGCUCGAGGCGGCGAUUGCUGAGCUGGCCUCUACAACCUGUGCCGUGCCGUACAGCACCGACAUGUGGACAGGCCCGAACGGCAAGGCCUACAUGGUGCUGACAGGUCACUUCAUGUCGGAGCAGUGGGAGUUGCGCCAGGUGAUUCUUGCUUUCGUCGAGAUGCCUGACGGGCAUGGGGGGAAGGAUAUCGCUACGGCGGUGGAGAAGGUGGUGGAGCAGUGGAAGUUGCAGACGCGUUGCCUCGGUCUCACGACCGACAAUGCGUCUGCAAACGUCGUUGCUCUUCGGCACCUCUCGGAGGAGGGUGACUUCUCGGGGUGCAUGUCGCACAUCGUGAACCUGGCAGUGCAAUCUGGGCUGGGUGUGGAGUCGAUGCAGGGGCCCCUGAAGAAGGUGCUGGACAUUGCCUCGUGGGUGGGCAUGUCGCCCAAGCGAGGAGCCGCCUUCAUUGCGCUCCAGGUUCAAAAUGGACCGCUGCCCAAUGGGCCGCACAAGCUCGUUCAGGACAGUCCUGUGCGCUGGGGGUCCACACACGAGAUGGUUCUGCGCUUUCUGCUGCUGAGGCCCUUCAUCGACAUGCACUUUGCCCGCGAGCAGGGGUCGACCUACCCCACUGUGUCGAUGGUGCUGCCGUACUUCAACGGCCUCAUCGACAGCCUGGAGAAGAAGCUGCACACAGGCACGCACGAACUAGUUCGUCCACUCAUGGCUGCCGCGCUGCAGCACCUGAAGAAGUACGAGUUUGCCGUCGGGGAAGAGUACCGGAUCGCGACCUUCUUGGAUCCGUCCAUGAAGGCCGAGUACUUUAGGAUGACAAACUGGGAGCUUCAGCAUCCAGGCAUUGUGGCAUGUGAGGGUGGGCGGCUUAAGCCACGUAGGAGUGCGGACACGGUGGUGAGCUUGGUGCGAUGCCGAGUGGAGGAGUACCAGGCUCGAGCAGCACGUGAUGCUCCCACCCCACCACCAGCACCACCAGCAGCAGUGGUGACACCGUUCGAGGACGACGACGACGAGUUCGUGUUCUCUAGGGCGCAGCUCCGCAGUGGAGAACAGGCACCACCAGAGUUGGCGCUGGAGGGGGAGGGGCUAGACAAGGGGGAUAACGAGGAGGUUGUUGCUGUGGCGGGAGGAGGGGGAGUUGAGUGA